AUGGACACAAUGCUGGUCGUAAACGUAAAUAGAUCGAUAACCAAUCCACCUUGUCCAAUUUUUUUUGCUGAGUCUGCAGACGAAGUCGGACAAUCUGAAUCAUCUACAAGCACCGAACAGGAUUUUAAGCCCCAGUUUUAUACAACUGGUAUUAAAGACAAUGCUAUUCCUGUAAACACGGAGGAAGCCGAAGAAGAAUUUGAAGAAGAUUCUGAUGACGAAACAUUCGAAGAAUUAGAUGAGGGGACAAUCAACGAAAAUGGCAAAUUUGCGUCUUCAAUGCCCUCUGAUAUUGAAGUCUCCAAAUAUCACAACAAUCUUCAGCAAAGAUUGGGAGAGAACAACAAAAACAAGGGUCACCUUCCUGAUGAGUAUAAAAGAGGAACUUUUUGGACACAAACACGAAGCCCCUCAUUUGCUUUGGCAAACAGUGUAGAUCCAUCAAAGUUGUAUCACCCCAGAACAUUUAUUUGA